AUGAAACUGAAAACAUUUGUUUCAUUCCUUCUCUUGUUUGGCGCCUUCAGCGGGACUUUUCUUUUUGUUACAACUCAACAGGAAGACUAUAAUGAUGUUGCGAAUAAUAUUUGGGAUUUUAAUGAAGUUCCUGAAGAAGCUCCUCAAAUUGAACAAAAUCAAGACGAUUCAAAUAACGAUAACAAUAAGGAGACAGAAACACCAUCUUCUGUUGCUACCAAUUCUGAUUCAACAGCAAUUACUUCAACAACGUCCACGGGGAAUUUAACAACACAGGAAAUGACAAACACUACAAAGAAUGUCUCAGAGACUACAACUACAACAAAGGCAACCACAAUGACAAAGAAUGGGACUUCAACAACUUCGGCCGCAAUUAAUGAAACGGGGACCACGGUAAAGCUGGUUUUUGAUAAAAUAUUAAAAAUGGUUUUGGUCCUCCUUUUAGUCCUCUCCUCCUCAUUUGGUCCUCCUUUUUUCCUCCUCCUCCACUUUUGGUAUAAGCCUAAUUGA